UUGGCGAGUUAUAAACAAAAAGAGGGUUAACAGGAACACCUCUGAAAAGCUUGAACUAAACUCUCUUGUCUGUGUAACCUUUAGCUGUAGUAUUUUUUCACCUUUUUCUUGUUCUUUUGUCUUUUUUUUUUCUCUUGAAUUUUCCCAAAUUACUAGAAAAGAGAAAAUAAAAGACUCCAUAACUUCAUCUGAAAGGCAUAAUCAAGGAAAGGCAACUUUCAAGAUUUAAUUUCAGGAAAAGAAAAGAUAUAGACACCAAAUAGAACAAAGAAAGCUCAAUUUUUUUACACUGUUUUAGUGGAAAUCAGAUUCCCAUUGAUUUGCAGAUCUGUAUUUGCUUCUGCUAGUUCUUGUUUUGUAUAUAUGGGUGGUUAUCUAGGAUGCUAUGAGAGGCCCACUUUCAACCCCUCGGCGAAUGAAUCAUCAAAAGGAUUAAAAGUUCAAGGUCAGACAGUGAGGAAAGCGAGUAUAUUGGAAGAUUUCUGGACCACUAGCACUUGUGAUAUGGAUAACAGUGCAGUGCGGUCACAAGGAAGCAUAUCAUCGAUCAGUGCAAGCAACCAGACACUUGAUCCGCAUGGCAGUGCUGCAAGUGCUAAUGUCCCCUCUGAAUUUGUAAAUCAUGGCCUUCUUCUCUGGAAUCAAACUAGGCAGCUUUGGGUGGGAAACAGGAAGUGUGAAAAUCGACUACGACGGGUUCAGGAACCCAAACUAAACACUCAUUGUCUCUGCAUGGUUAAACAAUUCUGGCUUUGCAGUUGGAAUGCGACUUAUGAAAGUUUACUUGGAAGCAACAAGCCAUUCCCUCAGCCUAUUCCUCUUCCUGAAAUGAUAGAUUUUCUUGUCGAUGUCUGGGAGAAGGAAGGAUUGUAUGACUAAGCAACAGUGCAACAAGUACAUUUAAAAGAUGGUUAGAUAUUAAUAUCCAUCUUACUUGUGACAUUUUAAUUGCUUCAAUAUGGAAAAGCAUUAGAGCAUAGCCUGGAGUGUAUAUCAGUUGUAACAAUUUCAGUCUUGCCUGCCUGUGGCUUCCCUUUUUCUAUUUUUUUUCUCUCCCAACGCCAGGCAUUUUGGACAAGCCAUUGUACUACAUUGAAACUAAUCCAAAAAAAAAUACUGGCUGCCUCCGGUAUUCAAGGUGGUGGUUUUUUUUUUUUUUUUUCGGAAAAUUUCUUGCAUAUAUCACUGUUAACGCUACAUCCCAUUGCAAAGUAUUAGUUUGUUUUCAUUAAUUUCAGCAUGUACUGACAGAAUAAAAGUGAUGAUACCCUUGGGAACUGUUGCUUGGGUAGAAUAGGACUUCUUGAGGCAAGAAAAAUAAAGCAAAAGGUAUAUGGUGGGGAUGCUUUCAACAAAUAUUCCAUGUAGUUUGAGUUUUUUGAAUAGCAUAUGGUCUUCCCUUUCACAAGCCGAGGGUUCUUUGAGUUGGCUUCUUUGACUUUCUUUAACUAUCCAGACUCCAGCCUGGGAUUCUACUACCUUAGCGAAUUCAUGUCUAUGCCUAAAUGUGACUCUCCCUUCCUUUCCAGGAUUAAAGACUCUGGCUUCCAUUAGUUAUGCAAUUAAGAUGAAAUAAGAGGUUACCCCCCUGUAGACCAAUUCUGCCUUUGGUACAUGGAAGUUGUUGGCUGAACUGUUGCCUUAGUCUGGGAUGGAUUGCAUGGAAAGAUUGAAGUUGCUUGAGAUUUCUCUCCCUCAUGAGCAGAAGGCAUUGAUAUUUGAUGGUUUCUUAUUAAUUACCUUUUAUCAUAAGAAGAAAUUGUAGAGAUAGUUAUAUUUCUAUCUAAUUUUACUUUAGAGUGAGUCUUAACAUAUGAAUCUUUUAUACAUAGAAAGCUUGAAUGUCAUGGAAUUUGAAACUUUCCUCUUUAAAAAUAAUCCCAGAAUUUUAAAAUAAAUAGUAGAAAAUUCCCAAUGCCAAAAAUUACUUUAUUUUUAAUAAGAUGCCAAUAGUUUAAAAAUAGAGAAAUGCUGAUAUUUAAAAUCAACAUAUAUCAUUUGGACAAGGAAAGAAAUCCCUUAUAAAAUGAGAAAAGAUGUGGCAUCGGAUGCCUUUCCCUCUGGAACACUCCUCCAGGGUAACACUUGUAAUGUUUGAGAAUGCUUAAGAUAACAACAUGCUGAUGUGGGUGUGCCUUUUUUGA